AUGCUGUCCGGCAUCCUCAUCUUCAACCAAAAGGGCGAGAACCUCAUCUUCCGCGCCUUCCGCAACGACUGCAGACCCCGCCUGGCCGACGUCUUCCGGAUUCAAGUGAUCUCGAACGCCCAGGUCCGGUCUCCUAUCCUCACCCUCGGAAGCACCACCUUCAGCCAUGUCAAGCACGAGAACAUCUACCUGGUCGCCAUCACCAAGAGCAAUGCCAAUGCCGCUCUCGUCUUCGAGUUUCUGUACCGCCUGAUUGGCCUCGGCAGGGGCUACUUUGGCAAGUUUGAUGAAGAGGCUGUUAAGAACAACUUCGUGCUUGUCUAUGAGCUGCUCGAUGAGAUUAUUGACUUUGGCUACCCCCAAAACACCGAGACCGAUACCCUCAAAAUGUACAUCACCACCGAAGGUGUCAAGUCAGAACGCGCCGCCGAAGACUCGGCCAAGAUUACGAUGCAGGCCACUGGCGCCUUGUCAUGGCGCAAGGCCGAUGUGAAGUACAGGAAGAACGAGGCCUUCGUCGACGUGAUCGAAGACGUGAACCUCCUCAUGUCCGCCACCGGCGCCGUCCUCCGCGCCGACGUCACCGGCCAGAUCAUCAUGCGCGCCUACCUCUCCGGCACCCCCGAGUGCAAGUUCGGCCUCAACGACCGCCUCCUCCUCGACAACGACGGCCUCCUGAGUCUACCGAGCGGGAACAGAAUGGGCACAAAGGCGACCAAGGCGGCUGCCGGCAGCGUUACCCUGGAGGACUGCCAGUUCCACCAGUGCGUGAAGCUCGGCAAGUUCGACAGCGACCGCAUCAUCUCUUUCGUGCCCCCGGACGGCGAGUUCGAGCUCAUGCGCUACCGUGCCACCGAGAACGUCAACCUGCCCUUCAAGGUCCACGCCAUUGUGAACGAGGUCGGGCGCACCAAGGUCGAGUACAGCAUCGGCAUCAAGGCCAACUUUGGGUCGAAGCUGUUCGCCACCAACGUCGUUGUCCGCAUCCCGACACCGCUCAACACUGCUAAGAUCACGGAGCGCUGCACCCAGGGCAAGGCCAAGUACGAGCCAAGCGAGAACAACAUCGUAUGGAAGAUUGGUCGUUUCACCGGUCAGAGCGAGUUCGUGCUGAGCGCUGAGGCCAUAUUGUCGAGCACGACGAAUCAGCGCGCCUGGUCGCGGCCGCCUCUGAGCCUCAACUUUAGCUUGUUGAUGUUUACAAGUUCUGGGCUGCUGGUUAGAUAUCUAAAGGUAUUUGAGAAGAGCAACUAUUCUAGUGUCAAGUGGGUGCGGUACAUGACGAGGGCGGGUUCCUAUGAGAUACGAUUCUAG